UAUUUUUCCAAUUGGUCGUAUUUUGAGCUGGUUUUCGCAUUUCAUUCGCCAUUUCCAUCUUCAUACAUUAUUCUUGCAACAAAUGCAAUUAAAAAACUUAAGUCCAUAUUUAUGGAAGCAGGAGUAACAGUUUCAAUAUGUUUAGUUGCCUCCGAAGCAACGCACGUCCAAAAUAAAUACGCGCAACAAAGAGGUGGACCGUUUAUUUGAUCAACUCCAACGCUUUGUUAAGUGCAUUUAAUUGGCAAUAAACGAAUCGUUGUCAUUCCGCUGCUGCAGUUCAAAGUGUUGGUGCUCAUUUUUUGUUUACCCUACUGGAGUGCAAUCGGAAUAAAGUACAUAAUAAAAUUAAAAGCGCAAAUUCAAAUAAUUCGUAAAAUCGAGAAACAACUAAUUUAUUAAGCACAAUUUUUGCAUUUAUAACUUCAACGCAAUUAGUUGCUGACGAUAAAUAAACUACUAUUUAAUAACAAACAAACACACAUACGGAUAUACAAUAGUUUUGCACUAAAAAACUACAACGUCGCCAUUAUGUCUACGAACAAAGAUAGCCCCAGUCGUGAUUCGAUGACAUCCUCUUCAGCGCCCAUAUCGCUGCUGGCCGAUGGAGAUUCGCUAACCCGUGACUAUAGUUUAGGCAGCCUUACAUCUGCUGUAAGUCAAGAUGAAUUUUUCCGUUGUCGUGAUCAUGCGGAAAGUGUAUUGAAGCGCUUGCAGUUAUAUUUGGAUAGUCAUCAGCUUUGCGAUGUAGUAUUAAUUGCUGGAAUCGACGGCAAGCGUGUGCCUGCGCAUCGUGUAGUGUUAUCGGCAUCCAGCGCCUACUUUGCCGCCAUGUUCACUGGUUCCUUGCGUGAGACCAAAGAGCAGGAAGUCACGCUUGGCGAGGUGCAUGGCGAUGCAUUACAAAUACUAAUACAAUACUGUUAUACGGGUUAUAUUGAGCUGCGCGAAGAUACUGUCGAAACGCUGCUAGCCACUGCCUGUCUGCUACAGCUGAACGCUGUGGUCACUGCCUGCUGCAACUUCCUUGCGCGUCAAUUGCAUCCAUCAAACUGCCUGGGCUUUGCCUUCUUCGCGGAACGUCAAAGCUGCACAACGCUACUACGGCUAGCCAAAUCGUACACAUGCCAGCAUUUCAUGCAGGUUUGCAAAAAUCAAGAAUUUCUGCAACUCGACUCCGAGCAGCUGGGUAAGCUUAUCUCCAGCGAUGAUCUCAAUGUGCCCACCGAGGAGGAUGUAGUGCACAGUCUCAAGAUGUGGGUGCAACAUGAUGCCGCCAGUCGUGAGAAACACAUACCCGAGCUGCUGGCGUUAGUGCGUUUGCCCUUGCUGAAACCCUCCUUCAUAAUGGAUCAUGUUGAGACGCUGUGCAGUUCGAAUGAAUGUCAACAGCUUGUAAUGGAGGCGCUUAAAUGGCAUUUACUGCCCGAACGCCGCAAUCUGUUGGCUUUAAUAGCUUCGGAGCGCACAAAACCGCGGAAGUCCACAGUAGGUCGCUUGCUGGCUGUGGGUGGCAUGGAUGCGCACAAGGGCGCUAUAAGUAUUGAAAGCUACUGUCCGUAUGGUGACAAGUGGUCCGUGUGGAAGAAUAUGUCCGCACGUCGUUUACAAUUCGGUGUUGCUGUGAUGGAUGAUAAGUUAGUGAUAGUGGGCGGUCGUGAUGGCUUAAAAACGCUCAAUACAGUAGAGAGUUUAGACUUGAAUACCAUGGUAUGGACCGCGCUCAAUCCCAUGGGCACACAUCGUCAUGGUUUGGGUGUGGCCGUGUUGGAGGGGCCACUCUAUGCGGUUGGUGGACAUGAUGGCUGGAGCUAUUUGUCGACUGUUGAACGUUGGGACCCGAGUACACGUACCUGGAGUUAUGUGGCUUCCAUGUCUUCCAUGCGUUCCACCGCUGGCGUGGCAGUGCUUGGUGGCCGUUUGUAUGUGGUGGGCGGUCGCGAUGGUUCGGUAUGCCAUCGCUCCAUCGAAUGUUACGAUCCGCACACCAAUAAAUGGACAAUGCGCGCACCGAUGAAUAAACGACGCGGUGGCGUGGGCGUUGCCGUCGCAAAUGGCUUCCUAUACGCGCUGGGUGGGCACGAUUGUCCUGCGAGCAAUCCGUCUGUCUGUCGCACUGACACAGUGGAGCGUUACGAUCCCGCAACAGAUUCCUGGACUUUGAUCUGUUCGCUUAAUGUCGGACGCGAUGCUAUCGGCUGCGCUUUGUUGGGCGAUCGUCUGAUGGCAAUUGGCGGUUAUGAUGGCAAUCACUAUUUAAAAACCGUUGAAGUCUACAAUGCAGAGACAAAUGAGUGGACGCAGGCUGCACCGUUGACAUACAGUCGCGCUGGCGCAUGCGUUGUGGCAAUACCAAAUAUUAUACCGCCAACACCACCGUUACCCAGCGCAACAAAGAAAUGGAAACCGGUCAGAUUGAAUCCGAUGUGUUACAGACGCACCGUUGAGUUUGUCGAUUAUUACAAUCUUUAAGCAACUGCAUACAUACAUACAUACAUACAUACAUGAAUACAACAAAUACAUUUUUUUAAACAUAUUUUUU